ACCGCACCGAGUAGAAUUGAACAGACGCGGAGAACAAAUUCUCGUUUCCACUUUCCCACCCAAACUCUAUCACUUUAAAACCCCUCUUUAAUGGCGGUUCCAUACGAUCAUUCCUCUUUCUUUCCUGUUCUCCACCUUUUAUUUCCCUCUAUAUAAAUAGAUAAGCCCUUUUUCGCUUCUUUGUUCAUCAACCCAAUUUCAAUUUAUACAAACCCUUUAACUUCUUCUUUCUUUUCCUUCCUUUCGAUUGAUUUUCAGAGAAAACCAUGGAGUUUAGACCUUUAGAAAUCAAAGUUAUCUCCGCCAAGGAUCUCAAAGACGUCAAUCUUUUCACUAAGAUGGACGUUUACGUCGUCGUUUCGAUCAACGGUGAUUCUCGCACAGCGCAAAGGACUCCGGUCGACAAGGACGGUGGUUCAAACCCAGAGUGGAAUUACACCGUGAGGUUCACCGUCGAUGAAGCUGCCGCCCGUCAGAAUGGGCUUACCGUCGUGUUUACCCUUAAAUCACAACGUCAGCUUGGAGAUAAGGAUAUCGGUACGGUUCAAGUUCCCGUCAAGGAAUUGCUUGAUAACGGUGAUGGAAACCGGAAAGGUCAAAAUAAUCUAAGUUACGCUGUUAGGUUGGCUAAUGGUAAAGCUAAAGGUGUGUUGCAUUUUUCUUACAAGUUCGGAGACAAGUUCACGCAACCGCCGGUUACGGUGGCUGGCGCCAUGACCGUUGAUAAGCAGUGGGGGAAUGAGAAGCCAGUUAUGGCGUAUCCACCACCAAGCUCAGGAUACAUGGAUAAACCAGCAAUGGCCUAUCCACCGCCUGCAACUGGGUAUCCAGGGCCGAGCUCCGGAUACCCUCCUUCACACGGAGCAUAUCCGCCGCCACCCCAAACGGCAAGUUAUCCUUACCCUCAACCUGGAGGUGGGUAUCCGCCUUAUGGAUACCAACAGGCACCGGUUCAAGGGUAUGGAUAUCCGGGUCAAGGUGGAUACUAUGGCUACCCUCCGGUGCAGAAACCGCAGAAACCUAAGAAAGGCAGCGGCGGCAUGGGAGCGGGUCUAGGAUUGGGGUUGGCCGGUGGAUUGUUGGGUGGAAUGUUGAUCGGUGAUAUGGUCGGAGAUGCUUAUGAAGCUGGUCUUGAAGAUGGUUUUGAUUUUGAUUUUUAAUUGCCAUUUUUAUGGUUUUUUUUUUUGUUAUUGAAUAUUUGGCAUACAAAUAAUAUGUAAUUUCAUACAUAAUUAAUAAUAUACAAAUAUAUAUAAAUUAGCAUGAA